CAGACCCAGGGGGACCCGCACCCCUCGCUGGAGGGUGAGCGGCGCUGUGUCCACCGCGGACUCAGAAAGUCCAGACCGGAGCCUGUGGGCGGCUGAGGUCUCGGCCGGGGGCUUGAGACCCACAGCGACGCCGAAGGGGGAGGGGAGACGCGUGGCGAGGAGGAGCGGGGAGCAGGACACUUCGUGAGAUCAUCGCUCUUCCUGGGGUCAGAGGGAACGAGGGGCCGCGACCACGCUGGAAUCUGCGCGCCUGGCCGCCGCCCAUCACACGCGCUCGCUCGCUCCCAGGGGCUGCUCCCGGCCCACAGCGCCCCUGCCCACCCGCCACGGAGUCCCGAUCUCCGCAGCCAGGCCGGAUGACAGGGCGCUUGGCCGCUGACAUGGGGGCUGGUCCGGGCCGGCGGCGAGAAGGAGCCUGAUGAGUGCUCGGCAUCCCCAGACAUAUGCCGCCCAAAGAGAAGAGUGGAGGGCCCGCGGCAGGGGCGCCCGCCGGCGCGCGGGGCUGGCUGCCGGAGCUGCGGUCCCCCGCGCUGUGCUGCGCCUGCGGGCUGUGCGUGCUGCUGGUGGGCGUGAACGUGACCCUGGUGGGCGCCUUCGCCUCCUUCCCGCCCAGGCACUACGCGCCGCUGGUGGUGGGGCCGGCACUGCUGGUGCUGGCGCUGGGCCUCUUCGCGGCCUGCUGCGCGUGGAGCCGCCGGGGCCCCGUGUCCCGCCUGCACUCGGCGGCCGCCAAGGGCCCGGGCCGGGGCGGCAGCGGCGCCGGGCCGGUGGCGCUGGAGAUGGAGAGCAGCGAGCGCACGGCGCAGGACACCACGGCCGUUCAGCUCAGCCCCGCCGCCUCGUCCGCGUCCUCCGGCCGCUCCAGCCCAGGCCCCAGCCCCGGCCCCUUCGCCCUGGACGCCUCCGCGCCUGCAGCCGCCUACACGCCGCGCACCAACGAGGACCGGCUCGACCUGCCCCGGGAGCGCGCCGCCCCCUAGCGACAGGGGCCCUCUCGGACUCUCCUGGCCCAGGUCCCUCCGUUCAGUGCCAAGUAAGAAAAAACAGGAGACAAGAAAAAGGACAUUUACAUAAGGGUCGGGUGCUGAGCACAGGUGGCCUCAUGUGUCCCAUCUCUGGGACUGUUAGGGGGAGAAUGGGUCGAGGCCCCUCACCCCAGGAGGGGGCAGCUCCUUGGCCCUUUAGGUGGAGUCUGCUGGGCCCUACAUGACUUCACUCCCAGACUUGAUGAAACCUUGAGUCCCUAACACCACUACCCAGGGCAUUUGGGCACUGGGAGCAAAGACACUCUGAAAGGGACUAACUACCAGCAAGGCCCAUACCCCCCAGGGGUGGGAGGAAGGGGGGAGGGGGAGAAGAAUCAGCCCGGCUGGGCUGUCUCCUGCCCCUGCACACUGAAAGGUCACCAGCUCCCCCUUCUGCUCCUCCCCGCCCUCCUCAUCUCCACUCCAUGACCUUUUGGGAAUAGUUGGGGAGGGUGGAGGUUCUGAUUUGAGCCAGGAUAGUCCCUAAGGUAGAACUGGAUUGCACACACCCCACCCUCAACUUGGCUGCAGGGGGAGCGGAGGCUAGGGCCCCACAGGGGUGAACCGAUGAGGGUCCUCCUGCGCAUCCUCUGUACCUCGUUUCUCAAUAA